CCUGACGGGACAGCUAGGACACAGGGGCAGCCAUUCUGCAGCCAGCCUGUGCAAGCAUGAGGCGGGAUACCUGAGGGGGACAGCUAGGACCCAGGUGCAGCCAUUCUGCAGCCAGCCCGCACAAGGAACACCUGAGGGGGACAGCUAAGACCCAGCUCGGCCCUCGUGGGGCGGGAUCGGGCAGAAAAGUUUAUAAAAACAAAACCAAGUAGGCUCCAAGGUGGGGAAGCCCAAAGCCAGGAUGCAGGAAUAUAAGAAGAGGUCACGCUGGGCGGAAGGGAUCUUAAAAGGUCCCUUAAGGGUACGGACCACUCAGACCGACCCCUCCUACAGGAAAGCCCACCCAAGCGGAUCAUUCCCUCCCUACUAGUCUGAGAACUUCGGUGGGACUGCGUCUAGCAGUGUAAGAGCCCCGAGGGUAGGCAUGCAAAAAGUAGGCACAUAGUAGGGCGGAGUUUUGCUUCCCGCAAGGAGUGUAACCUCCCCGAGGGCAGGCACGCACGGUCAGGCCCCCAGUAGGGUCACAGCUACCCGACUGGCAGGGCCUUCCCGGGGGGCUGCACGCUGAUUCGCAGUAUCCAGGCAGCACUCGAAGCUCCGGAGUUUCCCAGGGUAUCCGGGCUCUCCGUGGGCCUCUACGGCUCACGAUGUCUGGGCCCUGGACCAGGCCCUUCAGUCCGAGGAGACUCUUAUUUCCUCUCAUUUCUUAGCAAAAGUUGGGACAAGAGGGAGUUAGGAGGGAGGGUUGACGUCAUAGAGCCACAACGCAGACGCGCUUGCUGCAGGGGGUAGGAGCUGCGUUUGCCCUUUACAAAGAUGGCGGCCACGAAGCAACCCCUGCUGUUCGUCCGCCAACGACCCCUUUUCCGUCUAUACGCAAAAAAGUGAAGAUGGAGGGACGGGACGGGGUUAGCGCCUGUUCUUUACCAAGAUGGCGGCCACAGAGAAAGAAUUUCCUCUAUUAACCGCUGCUACCGAUGACUCCCUUCCGGGCAUGCGUAAAGCAGUGGGGGGAAAAAGAGGGGCGGCACAGAGCAGAGUUUGCCCUUCAUAAAGAUGGCAAUCGUAAGUGCAAGAGCUUUCCGUGCAUAGAGCGGGGCGAGCACGAACAGCGCCCGCCCUCUCCAAAGAUGGCCUUCGUACAACGGCCGUUUUUACUUGGGCUCCUUCUGGGACAUGCGCAUAAGAACGUUUGGCAAAGCCUGCCCUCUCCAAAGAUGGCUGCACUAUCGUCUACCGCCGGCGGACUUCGCGGCGGUUCUCAGAGAACGAAAGGGAGGGGCUCUGGGACUCGCCCCACGACCGCCGGAAGCAGGGGCGGGCAUUUCCGGAGGCGGGGUCCGGUAUUGGCGGGGUCGCGAUGUCGUGGCUGAGGGCGGCAUGCGCGAGACCCGGGCAGGACGGGAGCGCGGACGCGGACGUAUUCGACGACGAAGCGGACGAGACGCUGCCGGCGCAACGGGAGUGGCGGAGCCGCGUGGAGCGGCGCGUGCGGGAAGGUUACAGAGACGGGGUCGACGCGGGGAAAGCGGCCGUCCUGCAGCAGGGCUUCAAUCAAGGUUAUAAGGAGGGCGCCAGAGUCAUCCUCCAGUACGGGCAGCUCCGAGGAACCCUAAGUGCUCUGCUCUCCUGGUGUCACCUGCAGGAUAACGGUUCUCCCUGGAUCGCUCCCCUAAAUGACCUUCUGGACGCUGUGGGCCAGUCUGAAGAGUCUGUGCUCCAGCACCUGACCUCCAUCCCUCCACAGCCCCACGUGGGGGACUUGUUGGACUCCCUCCAGGACAUGGACCUUUGUCCCUCGGUCUCGGUCCCUGAAAAGAUCGAAGAGGAAAGACCCGGGAGGUGCUCUGCCGACCUCAACAAAAACUGCCACCCCAAGGCCGAUCAGCACAGUCGCCCCCAUUCUCCAGUCUGCAGAACACAGAGGGGGACACGGCCCCCAAAGCCCAACUUCUCUUGGAUUUUAGAACAAACCGCCCACAUAGUGCAACAGCUGGGCCUGUCCGUGGACAUCCUGCAGAACAUUGAGCAACCAGGAAACUAGCUUCAUUUUUUUGUCACAAAUAAUAUUUUAAAAUCCAUUUUAUGGAAUCUAUUUUAUUUUAUCAGCAGUUGGACCAAAAUACUUAUUGAAUUCUACUUUAGUCUGUUCAGCUGUUACCAGUGCACUUGCAGACCAUAAACUGGACUUGGCAGAAGCUUCUCUCUCCGUGUCCCAGCCCUUCGCACCUACCCUUAACCCUGCACCGUGUCUGCUGUCUCGCUCAGGUAAUAAUGGUCUCUGCUCCCUUAUCUGAUAAAUAAGGAACUGGGGGGAAGUUUCCCCCCAAUUCUUCUGUAAUUAUGAGUCCAAUGCACUUUUGUAUGUGCUUCAACGUUCUAGCUGCCAAGCCAUCUUUGACUAAUUUUCAGAGUCAAUAAUCAAAGUCAAAUAAUCAAA